AUGAAAGCGAUAGCGAGGUCUUAUAUGUGGUGGCCAAAUAUUGACAAAGAAAUUGAUUUAAUCACUAAAGAAUGUAGUGGGUGUGUUGAAUACAGUGAUAAUCCGCCAAAGUCAAUAUUGCACAAUUGGCCAUGGCCGGAGGGACCAGCUCAACGGAUCCAUUUGGAUUUUUUAGGGGCUAUUAAUGGCAAGAUGUUUGUGGUAAUUAUCGAUGCACAUUCCAAAUGGGUUCAUGUUAGGUUCAUGAAUAAUAUCACUACAGAAUCAACAAUUAAGAUUUUACGGGAGUAUUUUUCCUUGUGGGGCUUACCUGCUAAGCUGGUAACAGAUAAUGGUCCUUCAUUAGUGUCAAAAGUUAUGGAAGAGUUUUUAGCUAAGAAUGGAGUGUUCCAUGUUAAAACACCUCCAUACAAUCCUGCAUCUAAUGGGGCUGCUGAAAAUUUGGUUAGAACUCUUAAGAAUUUUUUAAAGAAGAAUGGUAUGAAGUCAGACUUAGACACAGAAAUUGCCAGAUUUAUGUUAUCUUAUAAUAGUACCAAGCAUUGUGCUACAGGUGUAACACCAGCGGAGUUACAUAUUGGUAGGAAGUUAUUUACAUCUUUUGACAGAUUGGUGCCGAGAGCUAAAUAUAGAUAUAACAAUAGUAUGUUGGCAGCUAAGAGAGUUUAUAAAGGGGGUAGAGUUAAAAUGUUUGAAAUGGAGGAUGAUGUGAUGUGCCGGAAUUAUGCUAGUGGGGCUAAGUGGAUAAGGGGUACUAUUAUUCAAAUAUUAUCACCUGUAACUUAUAUGGUACAGUGUGUAGGGGGUGAGGUUUGGAAAAGACAUAUUAAUCAGUUAUUGGAAACUAGUGUUGCUGUAACAAACCCUUGUAUUAAAACAUUAACAAACUCUGUUGUGGGGCCUAAGGAUCAAUUACCAUCAUUGCCUGUUAAGGAGGUGGUGAGAGAAGAAAGUGGAGAGGAAGAUAGCCGUGAGACUGAAAAGCAGGAUGUUCCAAAGUUAUGGAGGAGUGAGAGGAUUAAAAAAAUUCCUAAUCGUUUAAAUUUAUAA